CCGCCUUCGCCCGCUUCCGGUCGUCGUCGUCGCCGCUGCUGCCGCUGCUGCUGCUGCUGAGGCUGCUGGCGGAGGCCGGAGGAUCGGGCGGCGGCGGCGGCGGCGGCUGAGAGGGCGGCGGCGGGAGCGGAGCGGGACGAGGGAGCGAGAGGAAGCGAGCGAGGAGCUAGCGGAGCGCGCCCAGCCCCGCCCGCCCUUCCGCUCGCCGGAGCAGCCCGAGCAGCCCCGGCCCCCAGCCGCCGCCGCCGCCGCAGCCGCCUGCCUGCCCGCCCGCCGGACAAAGCCUGAGAGCCCGCGCCCAGAGCCAUGUCCUCGUCCUCCGGCAGCGGCCACCAGCCCAGCCAGAGCCGCGCCAUCCCCACCCGCACCGUGCCCAUCAGCGACGCCGCGCAGCUACCUCAUGACUAUUGCACCACGCCCGGGGGGACGCUCUUCUCCACCACGCCGGGAGGAACGCGAAUCAUUUAUGAUCGAAAGUUUCUGUUGGAUCGUCGCAAUUCUCCCAUGGCUCAGACCCCGCCCUGCCAUCUGCCCAAUAUCCCAGGGGUCACCAGCCCUGGCACCUUAAUCGAAGACUCCAAAGUAGAAGUAAACAAUUUGAACAACUUGAACAAUCAUGACAGGAAGCAGGCAGUUGGGGAUGACGCUCAGUUUGAGAUGGACAUCUGAGUGCCCUGCAGGAUCGGAAGAAAAGCGGCAGCACCGAGGCUGUGUCACCGGAUGGGGCCCAGAGGACCAACAACCAGCAGACAGGAGGGGCAGUGUCGGCAAGCGUCACAGCCCCCGCGUCCCCCUCUUCCUUCCUCUGGGUGCCAAAUGAUGCAAAGAUGAGCUUCAUCUGACUAUUUCCUCUCCGUUUCCCAUCCCCCUUCCCAGGUAGUCAAGUUUGCUCCAAGGUCCUUGGCAUAUUUCCCUAGACCUAAGCAGCCCACAGAGGAAAGCAGUUCAACUCUGGCUUCCGUGGUCAUUUUACUGUUGAGAAAACCUCUCCUCCCUCCCCCAGCCCCCUCUUUCUUCUUUUAAUCCCAAAUCAAGUAUCAGCCUACCAACAAUUGCCUGCCUGGGAAGACUGGGGAAGUGAUAGUUUGCUGGGCUCAGCAUUAUGCAUGUUCUAACCCUCUAUCUGCCCUCCGUGUCUCCCAUCUGUGGUUCAGAGCUGCAACAAUCUGGGUUUUUGGUCUUCACAGCCACCAGAGGGAAAUGAUAAACGAGAAGGGCGCGCUCUCCCUUUUACCUUGAGGUGUUCGUCCUUAGGGGCAGAGCACAGCCUGUGCGUUCUGGUAGCAUCCCUGUGUGGUGCCGUUUGGAGGCCCGCUUCCCCACCUUCCUCUGGCAGGAGUGUCUUGUGUCUUUGAGAGUCGAGUUCAGCUUCCCAGGCCUUCGCUUAGCACAUUGGUGCAGAAAGGUUUGAGCUCUACCUGAGAAGGGCGUCCUCGGUGAGCAGCGGGGCUCUCCUCCUGUCCUGCCUCCCUGCUGGCAUUCCCCUUGCCCACGGUCCUCUUGUCUCUGAGCCGCCCGAGUGGUUCUGUUGCUCCUGGAACAGGCCUGUCCAAGUGACACAGGCGCUCUGGGGAAGGCCUGGUCAUGGUGUUCCACUGGGUGACACCGAAGAAUGACCUUGGGAGCGUGGAGAACCCCGGGGGUGCUUGGUCUCAGUUGUCCUUGCUUUUCAGUCCACUGAGCGUUGUGAUGUUUGCUGUCUCUGAUUGCAGUUUCUUAUGUUUUGAGUUUAAAAGGUGACUUUCAGAAUGCUCUUAGAAAAGAACGAAACUGUUUUUCUCUGUGGACCUGCUUAGGCUGCUGGGAUAGAUGAGCAUGGGCUUAAAAGUGUGUCCCCACCCCCACCCCCUCCCCGGUUCUCUUGCCUUCCCCAUCGUACUCGGAACCGUCCCUCUCUUUCCCCGCUUCCUGCCCUCCCUCCCACCUUGUUCUCUGCCAGGCCAUUUUUCAGAUAUACAUCAAAGAUACCUCAAGUGUUGGUAUCUGAUAAGAUCUCACUCCUCUUAUCUGAGGAGGGGUCUUUUAUUUUUAAGAUGACUACAGACCUAUUUUUAGAUAUGUUUUCAAUACAGUUUUGAACAGCAACUUUUUAAUUACACAUCUUCCAGUGUUAGGAAGGUGAGAGAUGUCCACAGGCGAGUCUGCUGUUCCGUGUCACCCUCCUCUGUCUACCCCAGUUCCUGACGAGCUCUUUGCUUCUCCCUCUAGUUUUGGGUGUGCAUGUUUGCAGUUUGUAGUGGGUGGUUUGUAAAACUGGACCAUUCUCCUUGCCGUGGGUUGUUAAUGAAAGCCUCAUUCUUUUCCCUCACUCUUUGCUUUUUCAUUCCCGGUCCUCCCUGUCCCGCUCUCCUCACUAUUGACUGGCAUGGUGAUCCCGGGAGAGUGACCCCCUCGUAGAAAGACUAAUGCCUCCGUCCCCUCAAAGAACCACCAGGAAAGUAGCCACUGGUGUCCUGGGAACUUCUGGUUACGUGUGGUAUCCUGAGCCCUCUGAAGAGAUCACAUCCCAGAGUGAGAAUAACAGGCCAAUUGCCUAUGAAAGAAAGCUGUUUGUUUUCCUUUCGAACUAUGAAAAGACCCUGUUAACAAACACAUUUUAGACAGAAGAGAGGAAGGAUGUCUGAGGAACUUUGUUCUGGUUUUUUACUACAAAAUGUGAAUAGUUCAAAGAGUGAACCUUUUGCGAUGGUUGAUGUCUCUCAGGAAUAAGCUGGAUCUCCAAAAUUGGGGGGGAUGCUUCUCAGUCUCAAAAAUUGAUGAUCAGAAAAGUAUUUUUUGUUUGUUUGUUUGUUUGUUUAAUGUAUCCCUGUUCUGAUUUUAAUUAAACUCCAAAUUUCACUUUA